AUGCAAAACAGAUGUUCACUAGAGGCAUUACGAUCUAUAAUCCUUCGGAUGAGCAAAGAACAAAAAGAAUCUGUAAGAUCUAUGGGUUUUGGAGCUUUGUUAAAAAUGAAAAUCACAGAUAUACCACUGAAGCUGGGAUUUUAUGUUCUUCAAAAAUUUGAUUCUGAGAGAAUGGUGAUAGAUAUUGAAGGAAAUGAACUGAAAGUAACAGCAAAGUCUGUUAAUGACACAUUGGGCAUACCAAUUGGUGGAACCAAACUUACAGAAUUGGAUCAAUGGCCUAAGGAUGAUACAAGUUAUGAUGAAUGGAAGCAACAAUUUAAAAAAGAUUCAAUCAUCCAACUGAGUGCAAUAAAAAAUGUUAUUGUUUCUACCAGACAAGAUGAUUUCAAUUUCAAAUUGAACUUCUUAGUUCUUUUUGUCAACACGUUUUGCGUGUCAACAUCAAUGGGAAGAUGCAACCUGUUUUCCUUGAGUUAUAUUUCAAGAAGAACAGAUAUCAGCAACAUAGACUGGUGCAACUAUAUUUUGGACUGUCUUGUUAGAACAAAAAACUCAUACAUAUCAUACUCAGAUACCAGCUUCUUUGUUAGACCUUCAACUUUCUUGGUGUUGUUCUAUGCCGAUAACAUCCACUCAGCAGCUUUGACAGUAACGCAUAAAUGUCCAACAAUUUGUUAUUGGAGUUUAGAGAAGAUUAGAUAUCGAGAGGCAUUUGAACAAGAAAAAGGUAAAAUUAGACUUGGAGAAAUAAAUGAAGAAUUUGUUGAUGAACAAGAUGAAGGAGAUACAGAUCUCGAAGACAAUGAUUAUGAUAAAGAUGAAGAUCAUUCUGUUGAGGCAUAUGAAUCAAAAAUAUCAAAAAUGAUUAAUAGUUUUGGAAGGAUGAAGGAAAAGCUGAAUUCAAAGCUUGAUGACAAAGUUCCUUGAAAAGGAAAGUUUUAGCAUUUUCAAAAAAAAGAUGACAAAUAUGAUUGUUGAAGAAAAAACUGAAAGCACAACACUUUUUAAUUUUCCAAUUAAUGAAACUGGAGUUGAAG